AUGAAGGCCCUCAUUCUCGUUGGUGGCUUCGGCACCAGAUUGCGACCGCUCACACUCACCCUCCCUAAACCCCUGGUCGAGUUUGCCAACCGUCCUAUGAUCCUGCAUCAAGUCGAGGCUCUUGCUGCUGCCGGUGUUACCGACAUUGUCCUUGCCGUCAACUACCGUCCAGAUGUCAUGACCGCCGCUCUGAAGAAGUAUGAGGAAAUGUACAACGUCAAGAUCACAUUCUCCGUCGAGUCCGAACCCCUCGGCACUGCUGGCCCCUUGAAGCUGGCCGAAAAAGUUCUGGGCAAGGACGACACCCCUUUCUUCGUCCUCAACUCCGAUGUCAUUUGCGAAUACCCAUUUAAGCAACUGGCCGAAUUCCAUGCCUCCCAUGGGGACGAGGGUACCAUUGUCGUGACCAAGGUGGAAGAACCCAGCAAAUACGGUGUCAUUGUCCACAAACCUAACCACCCCUCCCGCAUUGACCGCUUCGUCGAGAAGCCCGUCGAAUUCGUCGGCAACCGCAUCAACGCCGGCAUCUACAUCCUUAACCCCUCCGUGCUCAACAGAAUCGAACUCCGCCCCACCUCCAUCGAGCAAGAGACCUUCCCAGCCAUUUGCAAGGACGGCCAACUGCACUCCUUCGAUCUUGAAGGGUUCUGGAUGGAUGUCGGUCAGCCCAAGGACUUCUUGAGCGGCACUUGUCUCUACCUCUCUUCUCUGGCCAAGCACAACCCCAAGGCCCUCGUGCCCCACAGCGAGCCAUAUGUCUACGGCGGAAACGUCCUGGUCGACCCAACCGCAAAGAUUGGCAAGAACUGCCGCAUUGGCCCCAAUGUCACUAUUGGACCAGGCUGCGUCGUUGGUGACGGUGUCCGGCUUCAGAGAUGUGUGCUUCUGGAGGAUAGCAAGGUCAAGGACCAUGCUUGGGUGAAAUCGACCAUUGUUGGCUGGCGAUCUACAGUUGGCCGCUGGGCCCGCUUGGAGAACGUCACCGUCCUCGGUGAUGAUGUUUCCAUCGGCGACGAGAUCUACGUCAACGGCGGGAGUGUCCUCCCUCAUAAGAGCAUCAAGGCCAACGUCGAGGGUAAGCCACCUCUGCAUCUGCCCAAUGACCAAGCUAACUCCAUCGCAGUGCCGUCCAUCAUCAUGUAA